UGCUGAUAUUUUCUUGACUUGGGCAGAAAAAGAAAACAUUGCUGAGUACUGUAGAUCCUGGAAUUAUCGGAGAGGAGAGGAUGAAGUUUGCUGUUGGUUGUUGCCAGAAAAAAAUGAGGAGCUUUUAGAAAAACUUGGAGAAGAUAUUUUCAUGCACCAAACGAUGGAGGACCAGUCAUUUAAUGAAGCUGUAUUUAGAAAACUUGGAAUACCAAUGCAGAUUAUCCUAAGGGGAGACAAAUCAGUGACGAAUUUCAUUGAGAAUUUAAAGAAAGGGAAGACAACCAUGUACCACGCCUCUGGGAUGAUAAUAGGGUGUGCUGGAAGUGGGAAAACAACAUUGUUAGAGAGACUGAAGGGCAUUGACUUGGAGAAAAUAAAGAAAAAUAUCAGGUCAACUAGAGGAGUCGAUAUCCACACAGAUGUGUUUGAUGUGAAAGAAAGCAUCCAAGCAAAUUCUUCAAGCCAAAAACAACGCUUCAAACUUAAACUUGAUAAAAUAGAUCUGCACCAGAGUGUUCCUGAAUCUCAUUCAAAAAAUGCAGCCGAUGAUGAGGGAAUGCAGGAAAAGAUGGAACCAGAAGAUGAUGAGGGCAGUAUGACUGAAGCAUCAAGCAGUGGACAGAUAUCACAUGAUGAUAUCGACAUUAACCCUACCUCAUCCCCUGAACCACAGGGGGCCACAUCACCAGAAAAUGUAGCAGAAGUUAUGAAGGAAAGAAAAGAUAUUCGUCAUAGUCCAGAAAUUUCUGGAAAUUUACAGAUAGGUGCAGAUGAUAUUUCAGAAGAUCCAGAUAAAAAAAUAACCAUGACUGACUUUGCAGGACAGUGUUCAUAUUAUGCCUCACACCAGAUUUUUUUGAGUCCCCGGGCGUUCUUCAUUCUGGUGCUGAAUAUGGAGAAGAAGUUUGAUGAUAAGGUUGGAGAAGAAGUGUGUUGUCAGGAAGGCUCUGUUUAUGGGGGAUGGACACACAGAGAUUAUCUAGAAUUUUGGAUGAAGUCCAUUCAUCAAUAUGGCAGUGAUAAGGCUCCUGUCAUCCUGGUUGGUACACAUAGUGAGAACAAAACAGAAAAGGAAAAAGAAUUAUUUUUCCGAGAAGUAUGGAAGACUCUUUACAUGAAGAAGAAGUCUUUGAAAAAACAUAUUGAUGUGAAACGGCGAUUUGCGGUCGGAUUCCAUGACAAUGAAAGCAUUGAAAAACUAAAGCUGUCCAUCGCUGAUGUCGUGUGCAAGCUUGAUCACUGGGGUGAAGAGCUUCCACAGUCAUGGGCUAUGUUUGAAACAUUCUUUCAGGAAAAGAAAUUUCGCAAAAUUUUGAGCAGGGUUGAACUUCAGUCUUUCAAUGAAACAUUGCCAGAGGGAAUAAAGCUCCAUACUAUUGAAGAUAUGGAUGCCAUGCUGCAGUUCUUCCACGACAUCAGAGAAAUUAUACACUUCAAUCACCAGUUCCUCAAUGGAGUUAUUAUCCUCGAUGUUCAAUGGUUUGCAGAUGCAUUUAGAAAUGUCAUUACAGAUAAAAACCAUGCCGAAGAAGAUUUAUUUGAUUUUGCCUCAGAAUGGGACAAAUUCAAUGAAACUGGAGAAUUAGAUGAAGCACUACUAUGUGCCAUAUGGAGAAUGAACAACAAUGGUUACCUUGAGCACAAAGAGGAUAUCAUGAUGUACAUGGAGAAGUUAGGACUCUUAGCUAAAAUGAGCGACAAAACAUGGUAUGUUCCGUGUAUGAACAGGAUGCAAUUUCCAGUGGACUGCUUCUCAUCAUACCCUGCCUCCUCCAUCCUUUGCUACACGUUUGAUAUUCUUCCUGUGGAAAUUUUCCAUCGCCUUGUAGCAACAUGCAUGCAGAUUCCGUGGGAGAUUUUUUCAGAUGAAGAAAGAGGAUGCAUUUCCAACAAAACCAAACCAAGUAAUACCAGCACUUUGACAGCUUCUGGACAAGAUCUUGGCGGCCGCACUAGAUUUGCCAAACUUGGAAUGGCAAUAAACGAUGUGUUAAAUCAGAUAUACAGAGAUAUACUAGAGAUGGAGGUCCCCCCUUUCCUAAUUUACAACAAGGUGAAAGCAUCAUCAAUUUAUAAAAGAUUGCGCCCCGAGCAGGAAUACCUCUUACAAAAUCCUCAACAAUCAGGAUAUAAGACUUUUGAUAUUUCAUUGACAUACACACUGAUCAGAAACAUUUGUUCAAAGAUCCCGAAACCGACAAAAGGAAAAUGGGGAGAGGAGCCUGCAGCAGGAGAAGUGACCGUGGGUGAUGAUAUCGAGAGAAUUAGGUCAAUCCGGAACAGUUUGACUGCACAUGUGAGCUCAGCCUCCACCCCUCAGACAGAAUUCAAUGACACCUGGUCGACAAUGAUCUGA